GUCGUGCCCUGACACUGUCUCGCUCCUGGACACAGCGGAGCUUUGGCUAAUCAUAAACACAUCAGCAUUUCUCUCCAUUCCUUCUCAUCGCCCUGUGCUCCAAGAAGAAGAAGAAGCAAAGAGAGGUCCGUGGCAGCGGAUGAGCGUGCCUUUGUGGCACCGCUGGCCGGGCGGGCUGACAGAGGCGGCAUUGUUCGCAGGCUGUGCCCCUUGGCAGCCGGGGAAGGUGGGAUCUGCGCCCUGCAUACGGAAUCGGUGAGCGGGGACAGGCCUGGGGAGCUCCGGGAGCUGCAUUGAUGCCCGCAGGGAGUUCCAGAGCGCUGCUCAAACAGCUUCUCCCGGCGUCUUCUGCACAAUGCAAAGGGGGUCUAGGAUGAGGAGUUCUUGUUAAUCAAAGCCCAGAAGCUUUUGCUUCCUCACUGGGAGAGCCUGUAUGAAGACCUGUGUGGAUGAUGUUAUAAGAAACAGAAGGUGCAUGCAGCACAGAUGUCAGUCUUCUUCAAGGAGUAACUUCUUCAACCCCAAGUGAUACCAGCUCCUGCUAGUACCAUGGGGCUAGAGGGUGUUUUUUUAGGCACUGGACAGAUCCACGUAAUCCUGUGGGGAAGUUUGGCAGCCAUGACAACACUCUUGUUCCUCACCUUCCUCAUCUUCCUUUGCUCCAGCUGCAAUGGGGAAAAGAAGGCCAAAAGUCAGAAUGGAGAUCAUGAAAAUCUGAUGAAUGUGCCUUCCGAGAAGGAGGUGUUCAGCCAUUCCAUCACGAGCUCGGUCACGGAGCCUCCCCCGAACAGUGAACAGAACGGAGCCCUCAGCAAUGGCGAGGUUCUUUCUGAGGACAGUACAGCUGCCUGUAUCCAGCCUUAUGAAGAAGUACAGACAUCUGAUCUACUAGAUCAACAGGAUGGUCUUGGAAAGUCUAUAAAGUGUCACCAGAGCCGGGAACUACCCAGUAUUCCGCCUAACAACCCCAUGGAAACUAUAAUCUCAUCUAGAAAUGCAGAAAAUGAUCAAGGUCUUGGAAUGGAAGGGCCUUAUGAAGUCUUGAAAGACAGUUCCUCUCAGGAGAACAUAGUUGAAGACUGCUUGUAUGAAACUGUGAAGGAAAUUAAAGAUGUUGGAGCAGUAGCCAGCAUGGAAGGGAACUCUAACAGCAAAUCAAAGGCUUCACUGACAGUUUCUGAAGGUCAGAAUCAGAUUCCUGAGUGCAGAAUUGAGUCAGCAGAAUAUGCAUCUGUUGACCGAAAUAAGAAGAGUCGCCAAAGUGCAAAUUCAGAAAGUCCUCUUGACAACAUACCAGAUGUAGAGGAUGAGCUUCCCCCUCCAGUACCCAUGAAACUUCUUGAUGAAAAUGAAAAUGUGCAAGAAAAAGAAGUGGAAGAAGAAGUGACAGAAGGAGCGAGUAAACCAGAAAAGAGGCUUAGUUCAGUGUCUUACAAGUCUCGAGAGGAAGAUCCAUCUCUCACAGAAGAUGAGAUCUCAGCCAUGUACUCAUCGGUGAGUAAGCCGGGACAGGCCAUCAAGGCACUGGAUUCUCCUUACACCUGCAUUCAAGAAAUUGCAUCUCAGAGGUCCCCGUCUAUUUGCAGUGGCCUCUAUGCAAGUGUGAAGGACUUUGAAAACACCCUAAAUUCCACCACUGUGCCUCAGUCAGCGGACAGACCAAACGGGGAGCUGGAGCCGGACUAUGAAGCUAUCCGGUCAGUGAGCCAAGAGGAAGACAGGACCUUGUCGGUGCCCACCACAAACCACACUGCUCUUUCAGGAGAGAACGACUACGAGAGCAUAGGGGACUUGCAGCACCACAGGGAAUUCACCAGGCUUUAACUACUCCGGCAGCAGAUUUCCCCACUGUUAUUUUCAAAGGACAAGUGAAACGUGGAGAGGGAAGUGCUUUUCCUAUGGAACACAAGUUGUGAAGAAGCGAUGUACAUUUCAGCUGGGGUGUGAUAGCUGCUGGUUUUUCUGGGUGGUGGAUCAAGGCUCAUGGGAAAGGGUACGUCAGGUCAGAAAGACGACCAGGAAAAUGUAAAGGUUUCUUUAUUGUUAUUAGCUCCAAGGCAAACGUAAUUUGGGAAGGAGUGCCAUGCUUGUCAUCCUGACAGGAUUACGUACCAAAAAGACUACACAAAACUAGCUUCUCAUUUUAAGAGAUUAUUUUAUGUCAUUUUCUUCAAAGUGUUUUUCAAGCAUAAUUUUUCAUUCAAGUUUUGGCAUCUGCAAUGUUGAGCAAACCACAGAUAAUUGUACCUCAACUCAGACUUACUCACUCUGCGGGGCUGGGGAAGAUGCACUCACUUCUGUGUCUUUUGGGGAGCUCUGUCCACCUUCACUGCAGCUAAAGUGCAAACAACAGUUGUUCACAAGGGACUGACUCCAAAUGUACUUGAAUUAAUUCUGCUGGCUUUUUCUUUUCUUUUUUUUUAAUGUCAAGGGCUGUAGAAUGUGACUUGCAGUAUUUGAGAUGUGUACUGGUAUUUGUAGGGGUUUUGUUUGAUUAUUUCUGAAAUAUUCCUUUGAAAUGGCAACGGUCACUCUUAGUAUUCUUGCACUGUUUCCCUCAAAUAGACAUAAACACCUGCACAUACACACCCCAGACCAUUGUCAUGUUGCAAAAAUUGUGCAAUUGAAUGCAUUGGCAUAAUGUGUAGUCUAACCUUAGUAGUGUUGAGUAAAUUUUUUUUUUUGCAGAAUUUUGCCCUUUUUAAAGACUUAACUAUUUUAAUGUUUGUCUAGUUUCUUAUAUAGGAAAAGUUAUGUACUGUGUUUGUUUUACAACGUAUUUUUCGUCUUCAAAGUUUUUGUAGAUUAACUUACUGGGGUUUGUAACAGGAGGAAUCCCAUUCUUUAUUUGGGCUUGGUUUUUGGUUUUUUAAUUUUUUUUCCUAUUUCAAAAGUAGAUAAAUGAAAAUUAUCUACUGGGGUUGUUUUGUUGACUUUUUCUGUCUCCUUGAGCAGGGAAAUGGAACAUGCCUUGCUGUUUUUAAGCUAAAAUACUGGAGUCUAUGUAAAAGAACACUGCCACAGGGCAAAAAAGAGGCAAAAGAGACAGUGGGAUUUAGUCAGGCAUAGCCACUAGUCCUCCUUGUUCUUCUGCUAAAAGGAGCAGGAGGGCAGCCAAGACCUACUAGGGCCUCUGACAAACAGCUUGAAAGCCACUGGCUUUUCAGGAAUGCUGAGUUAUUCUGUUACUGUGAAAAACAAAGUACUGUGCUUGGAUGAAAUAAGCAGGUACUGGAUUGCUACCUUUUUUCUUCAAGAAUAAUACAAUAAAUAGUAAAAUGGUACAAGAAUAGUCCAACAGUAAAGAACAAGCAUUGUGUGACAUGCAUGUGCACAUAUCCCCAUGUAUAUAGGCAUACACUUGUAAUUUGGACACAAGUAUAAGUUAUAGUCCAAGCUUGGCAACAUUCACAUACAUAAUAUCUGGCAUGUGCUUGAAGAGCAGUUUAUUUUUAAUUCAAAAUAAACAGUACAUAAACUGAGGUUGGCUUAUUCUGUAGUAAACAAAACAAAACAGGUUUAAUUUCAGCUCAGUUGGUACUGGGUUUUGAAGGUUGAGCCCUUCUCGGAUCCUUGGUCAGUUCUCAACAUGACUUGGUACUAUAAAGAGCAAACAUGGAUCUGGUUACACACAUUUAUUAGAAAUAGCUUCAUAACUGAGAGAAAUGUGCUGAUUUACAGGCUUUGCCUGCAAGUAGUACAGCUCUGAGGAGCAGUGCAGUUGUGCAGUCAACCUCUGCUCACAGGGUGGUUCAAACUUCGUGGAUCCUGACCUUGUGCAGCAGUGCAGCACACUCAAUCUACGACUCUCUCCUUGGAGGAGAAGCAGUUCAGACCACUCUACAUCCAUCCUGUUCUUGACCAUACUGCCAUGUUUUGACAGCUGCAGCAAACCCUUUGUUUCCACUACAGUGCUUUUCAAGGAUGACUGUGGUUCUGCUUUCUGGAGUUUUUCCCUUUAUAAAAGUUUUUGUUUCUGUUUCCUUGAAUGUGAAUUCACCUUUGAAUGUUCUCUCCUACUACUUCACACUGUUUAAGGCCAAAGAUAAGAUGCACCAUGUUUCAGAAGACUUGUUGUGCUAAGUCUGGAGACUCUCUUCUGUCUUUAACUAUGUGUUUGCUGUCUGUUCCUUGCUCAGGGGUACCAGUUUAUAUAUAUGUAGUCCUCAGUAUGACUCCUGCAGCUUAGUGGCAGGCAUACCUCAACUCCUGAAAUUCCCAAAUACAUCUCAAGAUGUAGUUAUCCCUUUACAUGGAUGACUGCUUUUAGAGAAACAGUAGGAACAUGAGGUUUGUCAGGUUCACUAGAUUCAAUUUCAAGACCAGUUCAAAGAUAUCUUGAGACAAUGUCAGUUGAAAGCAAAGAAUAGCACUGAAUUCUUGAUUGUAAAUUUUAAGGUGCAAAAGAAGAAAACCAAACAUCACUCUAGAAAUACCCCCAUUCAGACCAGCAGGUCAAAGGAUGGUGGAGGACUGUCCAGUCAUUCUGUUGUUUUUCAUAGCCAGAUCAGAAAUGUUGCUUUGUAGGAAAGGACACAAGUCUUUCUGUCCUUUCUUUCAUCUGUUCUGACAACUGCUCCUGAAACCCCCUAGACUUCCCUUUUACACAGUGAAAGAAAAAUUGUCCUCCCCCUCUCUUCUUUCUUUGGUUUCUGUUUUUAACCCAUCUCAUACAGCCUUGCACUGGGAGCUGGUACCAUGUCUGCAGUGCUGUGGCAGUGGCACAUUCCUUCCUCUUUAAAUUACUUUCAGGCUGGUCACAACCUUUUAAUGGUUCAUCAGACCUCAGUCUCAUGGAGAAGCAAUUCACAUUUUGGAUUGCUGCUUUCAGGACGUGUAUCUGCCAUCUGCCUUGAGACCCACACUGGACUUAAAAGCUGCAAAAAAUAAUUACCCUCCUGAACAAGGAUGUAUGAGGGAGUCCAUAACUCCCCUGCAUAAUCUCCAUUAUGUAGUUUAAUGCUAAAUGAAAAUGUCUAGAAUUCAGUCCAAGGUUGGCAAGUGAGUUUUUACAUUUCUUGACAAAGAAUCAAGGUGCUGGUUUAGUUCCCUCUUCCCAGAUGUAAUACCUGUUCCUUUAUGGCUGUUGUCAAUGCUUCCUUUUCAUUAAUAUAUUUGAUAGAGAUAUUUUUCCAGCAGUAAUCCCCAAAGAGAUUAAUCUGACUGUCAAGAAAAGGGAGUCUCUUCUACUUGUCUCUUUACUGCUCUUUUUAACUCUUUCACCAUAUCCCUAAAUAAAAUGUCAGCAUCCAAAAUGAAGUAUUUGUUAUCUGGUGAUGUUUUCUGGGGAAGCUUCACAGUCUGUUUCUUUGCCUCCUUUUUUUAGCACAACUGUACUGUACAAUAAAAUCUCACAUCAAAUUGCCACAGUAAGGCAAACAAACUAAUGUGUGUAUAACUGCACUAGUGAAAAGGUCUUUUUGAUUUCCCUCUGGGAACUGGUAGAAAACAGGAAAUGCAGUUCAGACAUCUUUCCAUGAAUCUCAUCAUGUCUUCCAUGAGAGUUGUUCUUACCACAUACCUGAACCAGUGCUAAUCCAAUAUGUAAACCAGUCAUCCUGUUCAUGAGUGUAGAAUAACUUUCUUAGUCAGAGAGAAAAAUAAAUUCUUUGCAGAUACCUGUAGCAUGGGCAUGUACCUAGUUACCACAGUUAGAUCAGUUAUAGUGCCUUUUCUACAAAGUAGCUAGUACUUCCAUACUCUUUUCCAUACUGUAUGUGUUUAACUCAAAAGUACAAAGGGACUACCCCAACAUUUACUUGUUCCAACUUGGAAACAUCUUUAUAGAGACACAUUUAAUGUACUGGACCUCAGUCAGCCCUACAAUAGCAAUAGUCACUCACAAACAUCCACUAAAGAGCCCAGUAAUGUAGCUAUGAUGACUAAGCUUUGCAAUAAGAAUUAUCAGUCUUCUUUUGAAGAACCUAGGUUUUACAAUAGUGAGCAUUCAGGGAGGUGGUGUUCAUGUCAGCUGUGAACAAUUUGUUGCUUCAGUCUUUCUAUUAAUAUAAAUUGCAGGCUUGCUUACAUGUAGCAGGAUCCAUGGAGUGACAGAUGAGUAGGUGUGGGGAUUCAUAUUCAUGAGUAACCCAGAAUUGGG